AUGUCCGGUACUCUUCUCUCCUACGCCGUGAAGGUCUAUUACAUCAACAGCGCCUGGUGGAUGAGUAUUCAACCAACCCGCACCCAACUCACUGGACCACCCAAAAUUGACCCUUAUGAUGAAGAGAUUCCUCUGGAACGCUUGAACCGUUAUAUGGAGGUCCUUAGAAACUAUCAUCUGGUACCGCCAAUAUGA